AUGGCUGUUGAUAAAAGUAGGGAUUCUGAGCCAAUCCCAGCAGAAACUGGUGGCCUCGAGGGCACAACACCAACUGACAAUGAGAAAAACGACGAUCAAUCUUUUCCAGACGGAGGCUGGCGCGCAUGGAGCGUUGUUCUGGGGUCCUGGUGUCUGAUGGUUCCAUCAUUUGGACUUCUAAAUACAAUUGGCGUGUUUCAAACGUAUUUGGCCGAGCAUCAAUUGAAAGAUUUCUCGACAUUUUCUAUCGGGUGGAUCUUCAGCUUGUAUGCCUUCUUCAUAUACUUCGGAAGUGUGCAGAUAGAGUACUACCAUUUCAUGCUUGGAUUCAGUGUUCUUGGUGGUAUCUCUGCAUCUAUGGUCUUCACCCCUAGCGUUGCCUGUAUAGCGCAUUGGUUCCUUCGACGCCGCGCAUUAGCCACAGGAGUAGCUGCAACCGCCGGUGGCGCUGGCGGUAUCAUUUUUCCACUCAUAGUCUCAAGCCUGACUGGGACCGUGGGGUUCGCAUGGGCUAUUCGAAUCAUUGGAUUUAUCAGCGCUGGGUUUUGUGGGGUGGGCACCCUUCUCUUGAGAACCAGGCUACCUCGAGAUCCGAUGAAAAAAGGCACCAUUGAUAUCGGCGCUCUGCGAGAACGACAAUUUGCGUUGUUGUCGGCUGCUGUUCUUCUGGUUGAUUUUGCAUUGUUGAUUCCGUUGACUUAUUUACCAUCCUAUGCCCAAUCGCAUGGAAUGAAAACCUCACUUGCAUACCAGCUUGCAUCAAUACUGAGUGCAGCAUCAAUCUUUGGGAGGACUUUCUCGGGUUACUUCGCGGAUCGCUUGGGGCGAUUCAAUAUGAUGAUAAUCUGCACGUUUGUUUGUUGUGUGAUUACACUUGUUCUCUGGCUGCCUGCUCGAUCGAACUCGGCAGCAAUAUUGGCAUAUACUGUGUUAUUUGGGUUCUGGAGUGGAUCUGCCAUCAGUUUGCCUCCCGUCUGUGUGGCACAAAUCUCUAAAACAGAGGAUUUUGGAAAGCGCUACGGGACAACAUAUUUUUUGGCACACUUUUGGCAAUUCCAAUUGGAGGUGGGCUUUUGA